GGGGCUGCGCGCGCCAUGGAGCCGCGGUGCAGGCCGCCGUGCGGCUGCUGCGAGCGGCUGGUGCUCAACGUGGCCGGGCUGCGCUUCGAGACGCGGGCGCGGACGCUCGGCCGCUUCCCGGACACGCUGCUCGGGGACCCGGCGCGCCGCAGCCGCUUCUACGACGGCGCGCGCCGCGAGUACUUCUUCGACCGGCACCGGCCCAGCUUUGACGCCGUCCUCUACUACUACCAGUCGGGCGGGCGGCUACGGCGGCCAGCGCACGUGCCCCUCGACGUCUUCCUGGAGGAGGUGGCUUUUUACGGGCUGGGCGCCGCGGCUCUGGCGCGCCUGCGCGAGGACGAAGGUUGCGCCGUGCCCCCCGAGCGGCCCCUGCCCCGCCGCGCCUUCGCGCGCCAGCUCUGGCUGCUCUUCGAGUUCCCCGAGAGCUCGCAGGCCGCGCGCAUCCUCGCCGUUGUCUCGGUGCUUGUCAUCCUCGUCUCCAUCGUCGUCUUCUGCCUGGAGACGCUGCCCGACUUCCGAGACGACCGCGACAGCCCCGAAAUCGCCGCCCUAGCCGCAGCGGACCCGUUCCAGAAUCAGUUGAACAGUUCCAUCCCAGUGCCAGGCCCCCCACCCCGCAUGCCCUUUGACGACCCUUUCUUCGUGGUGGAGACUUUGUGCAUCUGUUGGUUCUCCUUCGAGCUCCUGGUGCGACUGGCAGCGUGCCCUAGCAAGGCAGCCUUUUUCAAGAAUGUGAUGAACAUCAUCGAUUUCGUGGCCAUCCUCCCCUACUUUGUGGCUCUGGGCACCGAGCUGGCCCAGCAGGGGGGCGUGGGUCAGCCGGCCAUGUCACUGGCCAUCCUGCGAGUUAUCCGCCUGGUGCGUGUCUUCCGUAUCUUCAAGCUCUCGCGUCACUCCAAGGGCCUCCAGAUCCUAGGCCAGACCCUGCGGGCCUCCAUGCGUGAGCUGGGCCUCCUCAUCUUCUUCCUCUUCAUCGGCGUGGUGCUCUUCUCCAGUGCCGUCUACUUUGCCGAAGUUGAUCGGGCUGACUCGCAUUUCACCAGCAUCCCGGAGUCCUUCUGGUGGGCAGUGGUCACUAUGACCACGGUGGGCUACGGGGACAUGGCACCCGUCACCGUGGGUGGCAAGAUCGUGGGCUCGCUGUGCGCCAUCGCCGGCGUGCUCACCAUUUCCCUGCCCGUGCCCGUCAUCGUCUCCAACUUCAGCUACUUUUACCACCGGGAGACGGAGGGCGAAGAGGCUGGCAUGUACAGCCAUGUGGAGACACAGCCCUGUGCCCCCCUGGAGAGCAAGGCCAAUGGGGGGCUAGUGGAUGGGGAGGCGCCUGAACUCCCACCCCCGCUAUGGGCUCCCUCUGGGAAACACCUGGUCACAGAAGUCUGA